CUGCUCGGCCAUCCUCCCACGAGAUAAAUAGGAGGAGUGGAACGACUUUCUCUUUUUUUUCUCUUCUCUCCUCUCUCUCCUUCUCUUUCACCUCUCCUCCAAUAGUACUGGAGUAAUAAUAAUUUGUUUGCGUCAUCUUUCCGACCUGUCCCCGGCGAAAUCUCGGCGAACGCCCGAGCACACUGACGGAGACUCCUCCACCGCCGCCAACUUUGACAUUUCUCUCUCUCUCUCUCUGAGGAGUCGAUCACAACACAAACACAAAGAGGUUUCAGAUCUGUUGAGACCUGAGAGUGAAGUAAGUCAUUUGAUUUGAUUUGAUUUGAUUCAGUCGAUUGUUGAGGAAGAAACAAGAAGAAGAAGAAGAAGAAGUAGAAGAAGAAACAGACAAAGGAAAUGGAAGGGACCAACUUUGGGCUACGAAAUGUGAGCUCGCAUUGCUCCAUUUCGGACAUGGAUGACUAUGACCUCUCGCGCCUUCUCGACAAGCCGAGGCUCAACAUUGAGAGGCAGAGGUCCUUCGACGAGAGGUCACUAAGCGAGCUCUCCAUUGGACUCACAAGAGUCGGCUUGGACAACAUGGACAGCGCGUACUCCCCCGGUGGAAGGUCUGGUUUUGACACUCCUGCUUCCUCUACUCGCAACUCGUUCGAGCCCCACCCAAUGGUUGCCGAGGCAUGGGAAGCUAUCCGCCGCUCUUUGGUCUUCUUUCGCAACCAGCCUGUGGGCACCAUCGCCGCAUAUGAUCAUGCUUCUGAGGAAGUUUUGAAUUAUGAUCAGGUUUUUGUCCGAGAUUUUGUACCAAGUGCUCUGGCUUUCCUAAUGAAUGGUGAGCCGGAGAUAGUUAAAAACUUCCUCCUGAAGACCCUGCAGCUUCAAGGAUGGGAAAAAAGAAUAGACAGGUUCAAGCUCGGGGAAGGUGCAAUGCCAGCAAGCUUCAAAGUUCUUCAUGACCCUAUCCGAAAGUCAGAUACAAUCAUUGCAGAUUUCGGGGAGAGUGCAAUUGGACGAGUUGCUCCCGUUGACUCUGGUUUUUGGUGGAUUAUACUGCUCCGUGCAUAUACAAAGUCAACUGGGGAUUUAUCUCUCGCAGAAACAGAAGAUUGUCAAAAAGGAAUGAGGCUUAUAUUGACUCUAUGUCUCUCAGAAGGUUUUGACACAUUCCCAACAUUGCUUUGUGCUGAUGGAUGCUCCAUGAUUGAUCGUAGAAUGGGAAUUUAUGGUUAUCCUAUUGAAAUCCAAGCUCUGUUCUUUAUGGCAUUGAGAUGUGCCUUGUCAAUGCUGAAACCUGAUGGAGAAGGAAAAGAAUUCAUAGAACGAAUUGUUAAGCGUUUGCAUGCCUUAAGUUACCACAUGCGAGGUUACUUCUGGCUUGAUUUCCAACAAUUAAAUGACAUAUACCGUUACAAGACUGAAGAGUACUCACACACGGCCGUAAAUAAGUUCAAUGUCAUUCCUGAUUCCAUCCCAGAUUGGGUAUUUGAUUUUAUGCCAUGCCGUGGUGGCUACUUCAUUGGCAAUGUGAGUCCUGCAAGGAUGGAUUUUCGAUGGUUUGCUUUGGGUAACUGUGUUGCAAUUCUAGCUUCUCUUGCAACCCCAGAGCAAUCAGUGGCUAUAAUGGAUCUCAUUGAAUCUCGUUGGGAAGAGUUGGUUGGAGAAAUGCCAUUAAAAAUAUGUUAUCCAGCAAUAGAAAGUCAUGAGUGGCGAAUCGUAACUGGUUGUGAUCCCAAGAAUACCAGAUGGAGUUACCAUAAUGGAGGAUCUUGGCCAGUGCUUCUAUGGAUGCUAACUGCUGCAUGCAUUAAAACGGGAAGACCGCAAAUUGCAAGACGGGCAAUUGAGCUUGCUGAGAGUCGUCUGCUAAAAGAUGCUUGGCCAGAAUAUUAUGACGGGAAACUCGGAAGAUAUAUUGGUAAACAAGCAAGGAAGUACCAGACAUGGUCGAUAGCAGGAUAUCUGGUUGCAAAGAUGAUGCUAGAGGAUCCGUCACACUUGGGGAUGAUUUCGCUCGAAGAGGACAAGCAAAUGAAGCCCGUUAUUAAGAGAUCGUCUUCUUGGACAUGCUGAGGAGCUCAAAAAAAAAAAAAAAAAAAAGGCUGAACAAAAUGGCAGGAAAAAAGAUAGAGGAGAACCAGAAGGUGAGAGAUACUUGUUAUUUCUUUGGUGCACUAUUAUUUCGGGCGUUUGUCUUUGUAGUAUGUCCUUGUAUCUGCUGUGCUGAGACUGCUUAUUGUUUUCGAAUAAAUUUGAACAUUUGGCUUUUA